AUGCCGUCGGCCGUCGUGCCCAACCGACCGCUUCCGGUCUACUUUAUCGGCCAUGCCGGGGUGGGCCUCCUGUUCAGUGAAUCGCCGCAAAACCGGAUCGUCCAGGAUAAUCUCCGUGCCGUCGGUGAGGAGAUCCGUGCGAUAUCACCCCGGCCUAAGGCCAUCCUUACUUUUAGCGGACACUUUGAGGCCGGAGAGAUUCACGGACCCGGGGUAAUAGAAGCGCCAUUCGUCUACGAGUACGACUGGCCGCACGAGGACGCACCCGAACUAGCAACGGAAGUGUGGAGGCACAUAACGAAGUCCGGGAUCAAGGCUAAGCGGGUAGAACGCGGCGUCGAUCACGGCGUCUGGGUCCCCUUCAAGCUCAUGUUUCCACCUGAGAACCCGCUUGAUGUUCCCGUAGUCCAGGUCUCUACGUUCUACGGCUACGAUCUAGAGAGCCAAAUUCGGCUGGGAGAGGCUGUUACUUCGCUCCGUAACGAGGGAUAUCUCAUCGUCGCCUCCGGCAUGGCCGUGCACUCAUUCCCCUCCAUUGCGGAGAUAAGGGGCGCGCCGUCCGACGAAGCAAGGGAGCUCGCGCGGCAGAAAGUCCUCAAGGAAUCGCGAGAUUUCGACACGCAUCUCCGAGCAGCCGUGGCGAAGCGCGGUGCUGCGGAACGCAGAAAGGCGCUGGUGCAGCUGCAGUCGCUGCCGGAGUUCCGCCGCUCGCACCCGACGGUGGAACACUUUACACCGUUGCUUGUAGCGGCUGGGGCGGCGGGAGAUGCUGAGGGUGUUGUGCCGUUGGGGGUUGAUGUGGUUGAGCCGGGUAUGUCGUAUUUGAAUGUGCGGUUUGCUUAG